UCUUGCGUGUAAGAUAGGCACGAGAGACCACAGUGCUUUUCCUAUACAGAGUUACCGCCGUUCGCAUCUUGGCACCAACGUCCAAGCAAAGCUACCUCGUUCCCACGUUUGAUGAACUUUUGAACUUUGUUCUGUUCAUUAGAAGCGCCGUUCACCCUAGCGAGCGACUUCUCCACCCACAAGAAAUAUUUUUGCUUUGCACCCCAAACACCGCGGGCAAAGUAAAAUAUUCACCCAUAUUUUCUGGCCUGUUUCACGUCCAUACGAGUCAUUACGGAAGGCCUUCCGAUUUGUAGAAACAUAUGGCGCCCUUAACGCGCCUCGUUCAACCGCGAUCUCUACAUGUUCCCCUACGGCGGAUCCGUGGGUACUCGUCAACCACGGAACCUCGGUCCGCGCAUUCUGAAUGGUAUGCAUCCAUGUUGCCGGGCAUGAUUCCGGUAGCUCUUUUGGGCUCCGCUGUGUACAUGGGGUUGCAGCUAUUACAGAGCCGGCUGGAUCACGAGAAAUUUCUAGAUGAAGCACGAGACCAUGUACGUCAACUCGAAGAAGAGGUGGACAGGUUGCAGAAGGAACGGGCCCUGCAACCAUUGACCACAUCAUCAUUACGCGUCCCUGCCUCUAAGUGGUGGCCGUGGUGAUUUUUUAUAUAGCAAUACUUGUCAUUAUCGGUUCAAGUCAUUUGUAGUAAUUUUCGCCAGCCCAAAAUCAUCAUUCUGUCUACAAUAAAUACAUGCGUGACCAAGGCGAAAUCAAGCAAUAUAUUAGCAAAGGGUAUUAAAAAACAACCAAAAAAUCAGUAUGCGAUGCGAGGUGAUGGGUAGUAGUAAAAACAUGCAUGAUAACAUAGAUGAAGCACACGAGGAACGGUCGAACACCGGAAGCAUGUCAACGUUUGGGCACGGCAAG